AUGUGGUCGGUGGAGUACGACUUGGGUUUGGAAGAAAGUUUGACUAGAGAUGAGUUGUCAGUACUUCAUCAGUUUUAUGAAAGAAUGCUCAGUUGUCCACUUGAUAUAUGCCGAUCGAAACGUUAUCUUGUCCGUUGGCUGCGCGCUCGCAGUUGGGAUGUUGAUGAAGCAGAAAAAAUGCUGUAUUCUCAUAUAAAAUGGAGAGAUGUUCAGAAGGUUGAUACAUUACUUGAUUGCUAUGAAAUCCCAGACGUUAUACAGAAAUACUUUCCCGGUGGAUUUUGUGGUGAAGAUAAAGAAGGCUGUCCAUUGUUCUGUGCUCCUGUUGGUCGAUUCGACCCAGGUGGUUUUAUGAAAGCCACUACACACGCAGAGUUUAUUCAAAGUAGAAUUUAUUUUAUGGAAUAUAUCAUACAAAGAGUUUUUUAUGAGAAGUCAAAAGAACAUAAUCGAUGUAUUGACCAGCUGACACUUAUAUUAGACAUGAAACAUUUAAGUUUGAAACAUAUGCAUCCAUCUUGGAUCCCUGUAUUUUCGGAAAUGAUGACAAUAAUGGAAGCAAAUUAUCCUGAGUUCUUACGUAUUUGUUAUGUGAUUAAUGCUCCACCAAUAUUUGGAACUAUAUUCAACUUCAUUAAACCUCUGUUAAGUAAACUUACACAAGAAAAAAUUCAUGUAUUAAAAUCGGACUAUCGUGCUACUUUACUCCAAGUAAUUGACUCAAGUAAAUUACCAGCCUGUUACGGUGGGAAAAUAACUGAUCCUAAUGGUGAUCCUCAAUGUCCAUCAAAAAUUUCAUGGGCUGGCCCCGUCCCUGCCUCUCUUUUUCGUAAAAAGCUAUCAGAUGAUAAACCGUCUGUGCCCAAACAGUCCGAAGUAUCUGAAGAAGUGAAACGUUUUACAGAUUGCGGUCGGGAUUUGACUAUGGUUGAAGUUGGUCCAGCUUCACGUAAAGAUAUUUCUAUUGGAAUGGUCGAUGUAGGUGAUGAGAUUAAAUGGUGGCUUUCAUGUGAAACGCAUGACAUUGCAGUUGGUGUGUUCAUGAAAAAUUGUAUUACAAAUGAUGGAAAAGUUACAAGUGAUUCAAGUAAAAGUCCAGAUACCUAUAUCGAAAUGAUCCCAAUGAAACGUGUAUCAUCACAUGAAAAAAUUGUUCAAGGAACUCUCAGUGUUGAAAACUCGGGUGUAUACAUCCUUGUCUUAGAUAAUACUUACAGUUGGACAAAAUCAAAACGCUUAUGGUAUCACUUAAGUGUCACUGACAGAGUAGAGGAUAAUAAAAACAGUUGUACAAUGUCAAUGCCUUCACCAAUAGAAUCUUUGAAUUCUAAUUAUAAACAACUCACUGAUACACCUGUUAAUGAUAUAACCGUGAUACCGAUUCCAGAAGAGAAUUAUUAUGCUUGUCGUAUGGAGACUGGUGGAAGUAUGGAUUUAAAUGUUAGUAUUUUAUUCCGCUUUCUUGUACAAAUACUUAUUCUACCAAAAAUUAAACAACGUCCCAAUUAA